AUCUGCAAUGUUAUCAAUAAGCGGGGAUAGCUCAGUUGGGAGAGCGUCAGACUGAAGAUCUGAAGGUCGCGUGUUCGAUCCACGCUCACCGCAUUAUUUUGAAACUCCUAUUUUUUAAAAUUUAAAUUAAUGCGUCUUAUAAUAACCCUUAAACCUCUUUCUGCUGUCUGCCGGUCUCUAUUCCCUUCUUUGUCCGUAAAAACUCGGCCAUGACCAUGAGCGCGACGGAGCAGAGCCAGUGGAUGCUCCGCCGUGGGCAGUAUCUAGGAGAAAUAUCAGCCCUUUGUUUCCUCCACAUCCCCACUCACCUCUCAUCUCUCCCUCUCCUCCUUGCUGGAACUGGUUCGCAGAUUCUGGUGUAUGACUUGGUGAAUGGAAAGAUAAUAAGGUCGUUUCAAGUCUUUGAAGGGAUUCGUGUACAUGGGAUUUCGUUGGAGAAUUUUCACAAACAGUUGCCGGGCUCUGCUCCUUCUUUUCGGGUUGCUGUCUUUGGUGAAAGGAGAGUGAAACUUUUCAGCUUGCAAAUUAAAUUAGAUAGCCAAGAACCUUUUAUAGAUACCGAACUGACUCUUAUUCACUCGCUACCCAAAUUUAGCCAUUGGGUUUUGGAUGUGUGCUUUCUGAAGGAUGGUGCAAUUUCAAGUGAAGAUGAUGUUUAUCUUGCCAUCGGAUGUAGUGACAAUUCUGUGUACUUGUGGGAUAUACUGAAAUAUCAUAUGUUUUCUGAAGUUAAAUGCACAGAGAGAUGCCUACUGUACUCCAUGAAGAUGCAUGGAAAUGAAAUUGAAUCUCUCCGCAUUGCAUCUGGUACUAUCUUCAAUGAGAUUGUUGUCUGGAAAGUGGUUUUUCAAAAUAAUGCUACAAUUCCUGGACGUCACACAGAAGACCAUGUACCACUGAAUACUGAUGAGGGCUUCCUUUGUCCUGUUCCCGUGUUCAAGGAUGCUCUUAUAAGUAGGCUUGUAGGGCAUGAAGGUUCAGUCUUCGGCAUUGCGUGGUUCUCUGAUGGAAUGAAACUCGUCUCUGUUUCUGAUGAUCGCAGUGCUCGUAUUUGGGAAGUUCAGGCUGAGAAAGGAGUUUCAUGCAACGAUGUGCAGGAUAGGGACAAUCACUUUGCAGGCCCUGUUUUGUUUGGUCACAGUGCCAGAAUUUGGGACUGCUGUAUAUUCGACUCUUUAAUCAUUACUGCCGGUGAGGACUGUACGUGCCGUGUUUGGGAUCAUGAUGGCAGAGAACUGAAGGAGAUCAAAGAGCACAUUGGGAGGGGAGUAUGGCGAUGUUUGUAUGAUCCCAGAUCUUCUCUUCUUGUUACUGCUGGUUUUGAUUCUGCUGUAAAGGUUCAUCAGCUUUAUGCAUAUAAAGGAUUAGAAGAAACCAUUGCAUCAGAAGAUUUCAGUGAUAAACAUGAAGUCUUUGCUCUAUCUCUACCCAAUUUGUCAGGGAAUGAUCAGCUCAUGGACAGCAAAAGUGAAUAUGUCCGCUGUCUGCACUUCUCACGUGAAGAUUCUCUUUAUGUGUCUACCAACAACGGUUACCUGUAUCAUGCUAGUCUAAUUAAUAAUGAGACCGUUAGGUGGACCGAGCUUGCCCGUAUCAGUGAGGAAGCACCAAUCAUUUGUAUGGACUUAUUAUCAAAACGUUCCAAGUCGUCUGAUGGAUUUGAAGAUUGGGUUGCUAUUGGAGAUGGUAAAGGGAGGAUGACGAUUGUCCUAGUUGUUGGAAUUGAUUCGAGCCCAAAAGUUGAUUUUACUCUUACAUGGCCAGCUGAAAGAGAGAGGCAUCUCUUGGGCACUUAUUGGUGCAAGUCACUAGAAAAUAGGUUCAUCUUCACUGCCGAUCCUGGUGGUAGAUUAAAGCUGUGGAAGUUACGGAACAAUUUAACUUCUGAUUCUCUAAUUGGUAGAGCAAGUUAUGAUAUGUUUUUAAUAGCAGAAUAUGCCUCAUGCUUUGGAAUGAGAAUCAUGUGCGUGGAUGCUUCAUUUGAUGAAGAGUUGCUUGUGUGUGGGGACAUUCGUGGUAAUCUGCUACUAUUUUCUUUGCCAAGAGACCUACUCUGCAGCACUUCUAUUGCUGCCGGAGUUAAAGCAUCUCCAGUGAAUUAUUUCAAAGGGGCUCAUGGAGUAUCGAGUGUCAACAGUGUCUCCAUUUCUGUGCUGUCUUCUGAUCAAGUUGGCAUACGCUCGACAGGAGCAGAUGGAUGCAUAUGCUACUUGCAACAUGACAAAGAUCUCCUUAAUUUGGAAUUUAUAGGGAUGAAGCAAGUCAAAGAAUUAAGUGCAAUCCAAUCUGUCUUCACCAGUGACCGUUCUGAUGAGUCUUCUGUUGGCGAUUAUGCAGUUGGUUUUGCAUCAGCCAAUUUCAUAAUAUGGAAUUUGAGUUCAGGGACAAAGGUUCUACAAAUUACAUGUGGUGGUUGGCGGCGUCCUCAUUCUCAUUAUCUUGGUGACUUGCCGGAGAUGAUGAACUGUUUUUCUUUUGUGAAGGAUGAUGUCAUAUAUGUCCAUAGGCACUGGGUGCCAACAAAUGAUAGGAGGAUAUAUCCUCAAAAUCUCCAUUUGCAGUUUCACGGGAGAGAAAUACAUUCCUUGUGCUUUAUCUCUGGACAUUCCUUGUGUAGUUCAGAUGAAAAUCAGGCAUUGGUUUCUGAUUCUAGUUGGGUUGCAACUGGUUGUGAAGAUGGAACUGUGCGAUUGACUAGAUACGAACCAGGUCUGGAAAAUUGGUUGUCCUCCCAACAUCUUGGGGAACAAAUUGGUGGAUCAGCUGUACGUGCAAUAUGCUCUGUGUCAAAGAUGCAUAUAUUCAUGCCUGACAUCCCUACUGAAGUUGACAGACAAAACGGAACAUUAGAGGAUAGAGAUCCCUUUAUCUUAAUAUCUGUUGGUGCAAAAAGGGUUGUAACUGCAUGGAAACAAAUUAUUAAUAUGGGCAACAAAAGGGAGGGCACUAUAAGCAGCGAGAUAGACAAGAAGAAUGAAAAUGACUUCAAAGGUUCAUCUACAUCAACUAUGUCUUCAUUCUCUUUCCAGUGGCUCUCCAGUGAUAUGCCACUCAACCACACUAGUCACCUGAAAAGGCAAAACGCGAAGGAAGUUACUGAAUCAGCUGAAUGUACAAGCACUAAUACAUCAGAUACUAUUUCAACUGAAUUGCUUUCUUCGAAUUACAUGACAAUGGAGUCAAACCUCUGCCCUGAAGAUAAUCUCGAAAAUGACUGGAGAUACCUAGACGUUACUGCUUUUCUUGUUAAAGAGGCUGGCUCCAGGAUUUCUGUUUGUUUUGUCGUUAUUGCUUGUUCAGAUGCUACAGUUACACUAAGGGCUCUUUUGUUGCCUUAUCGGCUUUGGUUUGAUGUUGCCUCAUUGGCUCCCAUAUCAUCACCCGUACUAGCUUUGCAGCAUGUUGUCAUUCCUAAGCUUCUUCCGUCUAAAGGAAACAUACAAAGUGGGAGUUUUUACAUGGCAAUUACUGGAUCUACUGAUGGAACUAUUGCAAUCUGGGAUCUGACUGAAUGCGUAGAAAACUUUAUGCGGCAAGUAUCAGGCCUUCAAAUGGAAAACUUGAUGGAUCUCCAGAAGCGGCCACGCACUGGUAGAGGAAGCCAAGGGGGUCGACGGUGGCGAUCCAUAGACCAUCAUAAAGCCAAGAAGAAACCAGGGCAUUGCAUUUUGAGAGGAAAAGCAUGCACGGAUUCAGUGUCCACUGGAAAAUCAGAUUCUGGCAAUGAAAUGGAGAGCAUAGCAUCUGAAACGUCUCUUUCGGGAACAAGUGUUGCUGAUAUUCCUUUCCAAGCUGACACACAGCAGGCUUCAUUUGUUUCGGGAAGAAGAAAAGAUGAUUUAUUACCAGAAAUAAGUGUAUUGGCGCCCGUGCAAAUCUUGGAUAAUAUCCAUCAAUCUGGAAUCAAUUGCCUUCACGUUUCAGAUAUUAAGGAUCUAAGUCUCUCCGGCUCUAGGUUCUCAUUCUAUGUCGUAAGUGGGGGGGAUGAUCAGGCAAUUAGUUGUCUUAGAUUUGAAUUGCAAGUCAAUCCGAUAGAUGAAAACUCUCAGAAUAUGACUCCGGUAAAUCAUUGCACAACUCCACCAGUGGCCAAGAACAACUCCAAAGACCAUUUUCUGGUCCAAAAACAUCAGAUGCAGGUCUGUUAUUUGGAUAAGAUAAUCUCAGCUCACAGUUCUGCUGUCAAAGGUGUAUGGACGGAUGGGAUUUGGGUUUUCUCUGUGGGUCUUGAUCAGCGUGUCCGGUGUUGGAACCUUAAUAAUGGUAGACUUACUGAGUUUGCCCAUUUAAUAAUUAGCGUGCCUGAACCAGAAGCUUUGGAUGUUAAAACAUGUGGCAGAGAUCAUUAUCAGAUUGCAGUUGCUGGAAGAGGGAUGCAGAUGAUUGAAUUUUCGGGCAUCUGAUGGGGAUAGCUAGUUUUAAGUAAGUGACCUCUACCCUAUCGCACUUCUCACAUAUGGGCUAUCAGAUUGUUGCAAGAUAUUCUGCGGGUUACCAGGAAACUUCCCCUGUGGUAAGGUCGUAUUACCAAAAAGACCCCUCGGGGGGUUCUGGUAAUAUAACAAAAAAAAAAACUAAAUCUAUGACUAUGAAUAGAAGGUUCUGAAUUGGUUGGCUCUGCUGCACUAAUUACUCUUUACGACUGCAGAUUAAUUUUAUCAAACGGUUUUCAAUUUUCUUACACCUUACUCUCGGGCAGCAUGGCUAGGGUUUGAGAUUUGUGAGCAUUGGUUGGGAAUAAUGUGGAGGUUUCUGGCAUUAUAUAGUGAAUACUGUCAACUUCAUUUUUAUCUUUUAUUACAUUUAGUUUACAUA